AUAACUCAAUUGACUUUUUCUCUCUCUAAAUCAUACAAAUUUCUUCCUCUUUGUCUCUCUAUAAAAUCAAAAAAUGCAGGUGGCAGCAACACUUCCGGCGACCGGUGUCCAUUUUUUUUCGACACGGCGAGCCAGUUUCAAAUGUAAUGGCUAUUCAUCACCAUUGAAACCAAUAACUAGAGCUAGUUCAAUAAAUGCACAAAGUUUAACAACAAUUGCACCAGUAACAACAACUACAGAGAUGACGAAAAUACAUCUCUCAAAUCUUGAAAAGCUUUUGCAAAAGGAGGCGAAACCGGAGCCGGUAAUUCAAAAACAGGGGAAAACAGGGGAAAAUAGAGGAAAACAGGGGAAAAAAACAGAGGAAAACAGGGGAAGGAACUUGUUAGAAGGGCUAAAUUUGUCUAGAAUUUGGCCUGAAAUGAAAGCAGCUGAAGAAAUGUCACCAAGGCAUUUGAUUAGGUUACAUAGAAUGUUGUCAUCGAAAUCAAUGGAGUAUUCUCCAAGGAACAAUCUUGGUAGUAGGUGGAAGGAGUAUCAUGGUUGUAAAGAUUGGUUAGGACUUCUUGAUCCAUUGGACGAAAAUCUCCGGCGAGAAUUAGUCCGGUAUGGGGAGUUUAUUCAGGCGGCUUACCAUUGUUUCCACUCCGACCCCGCCACGUCAGCAAAUGAUAACGCUCACGUGGCGAGGGACGUGUCGUUGCCUGAUAGGUCAUACAAGGUGACUAAGAGUCUUUACACCACGUCAUCCAUUGGACUUCCUAAGUGGGUGGAUGACGUGGCACCCGACCUCGGGUGGAUGACCCAGAGGUCGAGUUGGAUCGGGUACGUCGCGGUAUGCGACGAUAAAGCCGAGAUCCAACGUAUGGGGAGGAGGGAUAUUGUCAUCGCGUUGCGGGGAACUGCAACGUGUCUUGAGUGGGGGGAAAAUCUCCGCGAUGUGCUCGUUCAAAUGCCGGGAGAAAAUGAAUUAGUUGACGCACAACCUAAAGUAGAAUGUGGAUUUUUGAGCUUGUACAAAACAGGUGGAGCUAAAAUCCCAAGCUUAGCUGAAUCUGUUGUAAAUGAAGUGAAAAGACUAAUUGAAAUGUACAAAGGGGAGUCACUAAGUAUAACAGUAACAGGACAUAGUCUUGGUGCUGCAUUGGCUUUACUAGUAGCAGAUGACAUAAGUACAUGUUCACCAAAUGCUCCACCAGUCGCAGUUUUUUCCUUUGGUGGCCCUCGAGUAGGCAACAAAGGUUUCGUGAAUCGUCUGGAGUCCAAAAACGUUAAGGUGUUACGUAUCGUGAACAAGCAAGACGUGAUCACUAAAGUUCCAGGGAUGUUUGUGAGCGAAGCAAUAGACAAGAAACUAAGAGACACCGGAGCCUCGGGGGUGUUGAACUUGCUUGACAAUAGCAUGCCAUGGGCUUAUUCACAUGUUGGCACAGAAUUGAGAGUUGACACAACAAAGUCUCCAUUUUUGAAACCUGAUGCAGAUGUUGCAUGUUGUCAUGACUUGGAAGCAUAUUUGCAUUUGGUGGAUGGAUAUUUGGGAUCAAAUGAAUCAUUUAGACCAAAUGCUAAGAGGAGUCUAGCUAAGUUGUUAAAUGAACAAGGUGCUAAUAUUAAGAAAUUGUACAAGGGUAAAGAUUUGAGUAAUCUCAAUCUUAAUAGAGAAUUUAUUUUUUCUAGGCCUAGUUGUUUGCCUAGUCCUAGUGUUUUGCCUAGUCCUUCAUCUUGAGUUUAUUGGGAUGAAAGAAUAUAUAUGCUUCUUGUACAAAUUUAAGAAGUAUAU